AAAAGAUAAAUUUAAUAAAAUAAAAAAAUAAAAAAAAAGAAGAUAUAAUAUUUCUAUUUAAAAUAAAAAUAAUAAGUAUAAAAAAAAGGAGAAAAUGAGUUUCAUCAUUGAAAAAGAAUCUGACUUCAAAUAUAUCCAUCGUAUUUUAAACACAAAUAUUGAUGGUAAAAGAAGAACCCCUAUUGCAUUAACUGGAAUUAGAGGUAUUGGUAGAAGAUUUGCUCACUUAAUAUGCAAAGUAUUAAAAAUAGAUCCCAAUUCCAGAGCAGGAACAUUGACAGAAGACCAAUGUAAUAAAAUUACAUAAGUAAUUAGCGAUCCUGAAUCUUUCGGAAUUCCACUUUGGUUGCUUAACAGAAUCAACGAUUUUAAAGACGGUAAAAAUUAUUAAUUAGCUUCUAAUACACUUGAUACUAAAAUCAGAGAAGAUUUAGAAAGAUUGAAAAAAAUCAAAUCACAUAGAGGUCUUAGACAUUUCUGGGGACUUAAAGUUAGAGGUUAACAUACCAAAACAACUGGGCGUCACGGAGUUACUAUUGGUGUUGUUAGAAAGAAAUGAGCUAUUUGAUAAAAAAAUAAAAUAUGAUUUUUGCAUUUUUAUUUAAAAAAAAUCAGUUUGUUAUUUAUUAUUUUUAAGGUUUUAUUUUUUUAAUUUGUUUUCAUAAGGCUUUAAUUAUUUUAUUUAAAUACUAUUU